AUGAAUUCGAACAAGAUUUCAGAGAUGAAUUUACUGAGGGAGCGUUUUUUUUCUGAAUCUGAUAUGUCAGAAGAUAUCCUUGAAGCCGCAUAUGCGGUUGACUCCGUGCAAGACAUUACAACUUUGAAAUUUAGUGAGAAUUUUGCGGAGAAAAUUGGCAAAUACCACUUUUCUACUUUGCAGCUUGCAUUUGAUUUUUAUAUGAAGUACUCAAAGUCGAAAGGCUUUAGUGCAAGGAAGAGCAAGACCUUCAAGAAUAGUACUGGCGAGAUUUACAAACAAAAGUUUGUAUGUCAUAGGCAAGGAUUCAGGAUGGAGAAAUAUUACACGAUGGAAAAAAGGAAGAAGGAGCCUAGAUUGAAAACAAGAACUGGAUGUGAAGCCCGAAUGGAUGUUAAAUUUGUACCAGAAAGUGGAAGAAAAAUGUCAGAGGCAGAUAUUAUGCAAAUGAUGAACAUGCUAAAGUCAGGGAUUAGCACCUCACAGAUAUUUGGUCUUCUAGCUAGUCAAGCAGGCGGGUACGAAUUUGUUGGCUAUGGUCCCAGAGAUAUGUACAAUGAGAUUGCUCGGCAAAGGCGUCAAAUUCCUGGUGAUGUAGCACAGAUGUUGAAGAAGUUGGAGGAUAUGCGGUUGAAGGAUCCACAAUUAUAUUUUAAGGCAUGUCACGAUUCAAGAGGUUUGUUACGUAAUUUGUUCUGGUCUAAUGGGAUUAGCCAACUAGACUACCGACUCUUCGGGGAUGUUAUUGCUUUUGAUGCUACGUACAAGAAGAACAAGUAUAGUUGUCCAUUAGUCAUAUUCAGCGGGAUUAACCACCACAACCAAACAAUUGUUUUUGCUGCUGCGUUAAUUGCAGACAAAACUACUGAUACAUAUAUUUGGCUCCUGCGUCAGCUCAUAUUUGCAAUGAGGGGCAAGACCCCGACCUCAAUCAUAACUGAUGGGGCCAUGGCGAUUAGGAAUGCAGUGAGAGAUGUAUUUCCUGAAGUCAGACAUAGAUUAUGCGCUUGGCACCUUAUUCGAAAUGCAACUAGCAAUGUUGGAAAUCCAUCGUUUACAUCUAAAUUUAGAAAAAUCAUGUUGGGAGACUACGAGAUUCCCGUGUUUAAGCGUAACUGGGUUCAGCUUAUUGAAGAAUUUGACAUUGAGGAUAAGUCGUGGGUGAUCAACAUAUACGAAGAGAAGCAUAUGUAG